GAGUGUUUAUUUUGGUAUAUACAGUGAUGUACGAAUUUAAGUUGCAUUUAGUAGAUAGAUUCCUAGGUAUUCCAGCACCAUUUACCGAAUGAACUGUCAUUUCCUCAUUAUCUGGCAAGACCCUGAUUUCCUACAAAUAUUGAAUGUAGAACUUAUUUUUGUACACCAGGCUCUGCCUCUGGACUUUCUGUUCUGUUCCAGAGACCCAGUACCAGAAUAUUUAAAUCACUGUGUCGUUAAACACGUUUUAAUAUCUGAUAGGGCCAGUUUCUGCGCACUGCACAUUUUUUUUUUCCUUUCAGGAACAUGUUCAGGCCCGCGGUAGGGGGCGGGGUCACGCCUCCUCCUCUGCUCUGGUUCCCGCGGAGCCAAAGGAACACGGAGAUGGAAAACCCAAGGCUGCUCCCGGCUACCGGGGCGCGACAGAGCGGCGGUGCUGGCAUCCCUGCGGGCGGCAGCCGGGUCCACGGAGGCCCUGACCCGCGGGCUGGCCAGGUCCCCGCGCGCCGACUCGUGCUGCUCCGUGGCCUCCAAGAUGGCGGGCCCGGGAGGCGGCGCGAGGAGGCCCGCGCGGCCUCACGGGGCCCAGGCCCCAGCCCGUUGGCGACCAGGCCUGAUUACGCUGGCGGCGGUGGCGACAGCGGCGACGGCGGUGGCAGCGACUUUUUCCUGGUGCUGCUGGACCCAGUGGGUGGUGAUGUGGAGACCUCGGAAGCCCGCCAGGCCUCAGGGCCUGUCGGAAGGGAGGAGGCCCAGUCUGGCCCACAGCUCCAGAAGGGUGAGAGUGGCGCGAAUCCCGCGGGCCUCAUGGCGCUGGGUCCCUGUUGUCUGUCCGCGGUUCCAACACCAGUCUCGGCCCCUGCCCCAGGCUCGGGACCCGCCGCCACCUUCGCGGGCACCGUCACCAUCCACAACCAAAACCUGCUUUUGCGCUUUGAGAAUGGUGUCCUCACCCUUGCCACGCCCCCGCCGCCAGCCUGGGAGCCUGGGGUCGCACCUGCCCCUCAGCCUGGGGGUCUGAUGGCUCACCAAACUGGGAUCCCACACGCAGCGCAGCCCAGCGACUGCCCCGAGCUGCCGCCCGACCUCCUGCUGGCCGAACCGGCUGAACCGGUGUCUGCCCCGGCGCCUGAGGAGGAGGCAGAGAGCCAGCUCGCAGCCCAGAGCCCCCGCAGGCCGCUGGGCCCGGGCCCCGGGGUGGUGCUGUACCUGUGUCCCGAGGCCCAGUGCGGACAAACCUUUGCCAAGAAGCACCAGCUGAAGGUGCACCUGCUGACUCACAGCAGCAGCCAGGGCCAGCGGCCCUUCAAGUGCCCCCUGGGCGGCUGCGGCUGGACUUUCACCACCUCCUACAAGCUCAAGAGGCACCUGCAGUCUCACGACAAACUUCGGCCCUUUGGCUGCCCUGCGGAGGGCUGUGGCAAGAGCUUCACCACGGUGUAUAACCUUAAGGCACACAUGAAGGGCCAUGAGCAGGAGAACUCAUUCAAGUGCGAGGUGUGCGAGGAGAGCUUCCCUACACAGGCCAAACUCAGCGCCCACCAACGCAGCCAUUUCGAGCCCGAGAGGCCCUAUCAGUGCGCGUUUUCCGGCUGCAAGAAGACGUUUAUCACAGUGAGUGCCCUGUUUUCCCAUAACCGUGCCCACUUCAGGGAACAGGAACUCUUCUCCUGCUCUUUUCCUGGAUGCAGCAAACAGUACGACAAGGCUUGUCGCCUGAAAAUUCACCUGCGGAGCCACACAGGUGAGAGACCUUUCCUUUGUGACUUUGACGGCUGUGGCUGGAACUUCACCAGCAUGUCCAAACUCUUAAGGCACAAAAGGAAGCACGAUGAUGACCGGAGGUUCAUGUGUCCUGUGGAAGGCUGUGGGAAAUCUUUCACGAGGGCCGAGCACCUGAAAGGCCACAGCAUAACCCACCUGGGCACAAAGCCUUUUGUGUGCCCUGUGGAAGGCUGCUGUGCCAGGUUCUCUGCUCGCAGUAGUCUCUACAUUCACUCCAAGAAACACUUGCAGGAUGUGGACACUUGGAAAAGCCGUUGCCCAGUCUCUACUUGUAAUAAACUUUUCACAUCCAAGCACAGCAUGAAGACCCACAUGGCCAAAAGGCACAACCUCAGCCAGGAUCUCUUAGCUCAGCUGGAAGCUGCAAAUUCUCUUACACCCAGCAGUGAACUUACCAGCCAGGGACAGAGUGAUCUCAAUGAUGCAGAGCUAGUGUCUCUCUUCUCUGAUGUGCCUGGCAGUAGUUCUGCUGCAGUGUUGGACACAGCACUGGUGAACUCUGGAAUCUUGACUAUUGAUGUGGCUUCUGUGAGUUCAACUCUGGCGGGGAACCUCCCUGCUAAUAAUAAUAAUUCCUUAGGGCAGGCUGUGGACCCUCGGACCUUGAUGGCCACCAGUGACCUUCCCCAAAGUCUGGAUACCUCUCUCUUUUUUGGAACAACAGCCUCUGGUUUUCAGCAGAGUCCCUUAGAUAUGGAUGAUGCCUCAAGUCUAAGUGUAGGGUCAUUGGCAUCUCUGGGCCCUUUGGCUAUGAAAAACUUGAGUCAAGAACCCCAAGCUUUGACGCCCAGCAGCAAGCUAACAGUGGACACAGAUGCUCUGACUCCUUCUAGCACCCUUUGUGAAAACAGUGUCUCAGAACUACUGACGCCAACCAAAGCAGAAUGGAAUGUACAUCCUGACUCUGACUUCUUUGGACAGGAGGAAGAAACCCAGUUUGGAUUUUCCAAUCCAGCAGGAAACCAUGGUUCUCAGAAAGAAACAGAUCUUAUUACAGUGACUGGCAGCUCAUUUUUGGUAUGAACUAUUAACUCCUUGCCACAUGGCUUACUUUUGUUAAUUACACUCAAUUUUAAGGAUAUUCUGGACUAAAUGUUUACAUGCAGUCAUUUCCUAUAGGUUUGAAAAAAAACAAAGUCCUGGGCUACGAGUCUGAGGAUUUAAAUUAUGAUCUUGACUCAUGUCAAGUUGUGUGACCCUGAGCAAGUCACUUAACCUAUCUGAGCCUUAAUUUGCUUAUUUACAAAAUGAGGUGGUUUAAAUAGAUUGUUUCUAAGGUAUUUUUAACUCUGUGAUUACUUGAUAAUAAGCUAUUUCCUUGGAAAAAAAAAUAGGACAUUUUUUAGUGAUGGUGUUGCAUGUGCUUUUUUUUUCCAAAUGUACAUAAUGGUACACGAAGCAGCCAUAUGUUUUGCACCCAAAUCAACUAUUAUUUAUUCACAGUUUUGUUUAUCUAAUUUUCACUCUAACCCUUUUCAAGAAAUAUUUUGUAAUAAAUACCAGAUAUUACAUCAUUUCAAUCAUAAUUAUUCUAUAUAUAGUUCUAUAAAGGAUGGGCUCUUUUGGAAAAAAUUACAAUUCCAUUAUCAUACUUAAAGUUAACAAUAACUCCUUAAUACCAAUAAGUAUCUAGUCAGAUUCCAAUUUGCAGUUGUCCCAUAAAUAUUUAUUUUAAUAUUUUUAAUACAGGAUUCCAGUAAAUCUCUUAAGUGUCUUUUUAAUUUGUGUUUCCCCUUUGUCUCUUAACUUGCAUAGAUUGUUUUGCAUGUAGCAUUUGCCACAAUCUUAAAUUUUUGUGAUUACAUCCUUCUGGUGUUAAGUUCCUCUACCCUCUGUUUCCUGAAUUUGGUCGUUGGAUCUAGAGACUUGAUCAGAUUGGAAAUGUGAUUUUCGGGGCGGGAAUAUUUCCUAGGUUAUGUUGUGUUCUUUUUUCAGGUAGUACAUAAUGUCUGGUUCUCUCUUUGUGAUAUGUGCAGUUGCUGCUGAUGAAUGAAUUUAUUCAUGAUUACCUGUGUUUCUGAUAUCAUGGAUUGUUUUUUGUAGAAUUACUAGUAGUGGAGGAGGAAAUGCUGUUUAAGGCAUUUAUAAAAGUUUAAUAAAAAUAUUUAAUUCCAGAAUAUUUUCUUAA